UACCAUUGCCGUUGCAUUGCUUUCCAAGAACGCCACCUGUUAGACGUAAUACUCCCGUCGGCUCAUUCGGUGUUCGAACAGCGCAGCUCCAACAAGUGUUUGUCAGUGUUUCUUGGUCGCUAGAAGAAGGUAAACGGGUGCCUCAGGUGUGCUUUAGAUACAACGCUGUGAAUUACAAAGACAUUCAAGUGAAUUUAUUCAAGUGCUGUGAUAUUAUAUUAAGUGUUUUUAAUAUUUUAAUAUAGUGAAAUUAAGUGGCCAAACGUCUUUUCUUACGAAAUGCCUUGUUCUGCGGUUACUUUGUCUUUAGCUACGAUAUGUGCUGUUGUUGCCGUUGCUUUGAUGGCAAUUGCCUUUUCUACGGACAAUUGGCUGUAUUUUGAAGUCAAGAGAGCUAAUAUUCAGUCUCUGGCCGCUUCACAUCCUGAUUCUGGUACGAUAUUGGAGAAUCUCAAUACAAAAUACUACUACUACACGCGCACAAAGGGAUUGUUCCGGAUAUGUUAUCCUAAGGAACGUCCUCCCACAGUCGAGACCUACUUGUCACCUGUGGAGACACACUGUAACAAUGUAGAUUACUUCAUUCCCGAUUCGAGAGACGCAACACGUGGAUUCUCAGAAGAUGCCAUGGCUCGUUUGCACAUGGGCAGAGCUACAGUCGCUUUGUUCAUUGUGGCAUUUGCUUCAGUAUUUGCUGCCUUCUGGACUGGAGUUGCUGGAUGCUGGAGAAGAAGUCCUGGAAACAUCACGGCCACCGCCAUUCUUAUGCUUUUUGCUUGCUUAUUGUCUGCCGGAGCUAUGGGACUGUGGCACGGAGUUGAAUAUUACGAAAAAGAAAAAAUCGUCGGAGAAGAAUACUACCAACAAUGGAGCAAUAUUUUACGCGCUAACACGAGAGUAACAUAUGACUGGUCAUAUGUGGUUGCUUGGAUCGGAGUUGGAAGUUCAUUAGUAUCAGCUGUGCUCCUGUCGGGGGCAGCUGUUUGCCUUCGCGGCGAACGUGAAAGGGAAGAGGCUUUGAAUCUGCAAUACUUGAUGCCUGUAUAUCCACAAAAACAAGGACAGUACGCGUAUGCAAGUUAUCCAGCGCCUCAAGCUUAUCCUGGGCCUUAUUUUCAUAGUUCUCAGUACGGCCCUUACAAUUAUUAGAAUAAUCCUAUUAUUCGAAAGAAUAAUCUUGAAACAUAAUU